CAUCUUAUCCUAUCCACCUCUAACUCUCUUCUCAUUCUAUUUCUCAUUUCUUUUAUCCUAUGCUUCUCUCAAAACUCACAAUAACAAAUACGAGGGCUAGUUUUCCCUCUUUCUUUCUAUCUUUUUGGCCCCCCUUCUCCUCCUAGAUACUUUUAAUUCCCUGUAUUUCUUCCUUUAUGGUGUCUCUGUUUAUAACAAAGUUCGCUUCUACUACGAAAAACUAUACACUGUAGCAUUACAAACCCGCAUUUGCACCUUCCAGACUAGCUAAAUUUGGAACUUCUGAAGCAUUUUUAACUACUGAUUGUGCUUUUUUACUUCGUUUCUUAUUUUUAUUUCACUUGAAUUGAACUAUUUAGCUUGGCCCAGAAAAGUUGAGCAUUAGCUAAUUUGGGUUAUGUGCAUUUAUAUUGGCGGCUGUCAUACAACAACAACAACAACAGAAGGGUUUAUGGUGCAAUUUAUAUUGUAAUAACGUAAGUAUUAUGGAUUGUGUAGUGAAGUAAAGCUGAUUAUAGGAUUGUUGUAAACUAAACAAAAGUUAUUCGCAAUCCAAUCCUUUCAAGAAGAAAAUGGCUCCUAAAAGUGGGAAGGCUAAGCCCCACAAAGCUAAAGGAGAGAGGAAGAAGAAAGAAGAGAAAGUAUUGCCUACAGUUAUAGAAAUAACAGUAGAUACACCUGAGGAUUCACAAGUGACACUUAAGGGAAUAUCGACGGAUAAAAUUCUAGAUGUGAGAAAGCUUUUAGCGGUCCAUGUCGAGACAUGCCACUUAACCAACUACUCCUUGUCACACGAGGUCAGAGGUUCACGGCUGAAGGAUUCCGUCGAAAUCACCUCUCUGAAACCAUGCCACCUCACUAUUGUUGAAGAGGACUACACUGAAAGCCAAGCCGCGGCCCACAUUCGACGACUACUCGACAUUGUCUCUUGCACGACGUCGUUUGGCGUUACAUCUUCUUCGCCCAAAUCUGACGGUAAACCCGGUUCAAAGGAUACAGGUCACAAGGAAUCCGGUUCUGCUGAGUCCGAACCCGGCCCGGAAAAUGUCGUUUCCGAAUCGACUUCUAAGCCCAAACUCUCCGGCAAGAAGUCCGGCACCGUUUCUCCCCACGAGAGACUCAAGCCGGCGAAGCCCGAAAGUAUUUCCAAUGACGGAGACUUGGCGGAGAAAAAUGGCGAUGCUUCCGCAGCUAUAAUGUGUCCUCCGCCGCGGCUCGGGCAGUUCUAUGAUUUUUUCUCCUUCUCUCAUCUCACUCCUCCCAUCCAAUAUAUUAGGAGAUCAAAUCGACCAUUUCUGGAUGAUAAAUCCGAAGAUGAUUUCUUUCAAAUUGAUGUUAGGGUUUGUAGUGGGAAGCCAACAACAAUUGUUGUUUGUGAGAAAGGGUUUUAUCCAGCUGGAAGAAGAAUUCUUCUGAGACAUUCUUUGGUCGGAUUACUCCAACAAUUAAGCAGAGUUUUUGAUGCUGCAUAUAAAUCUCUGAUGAAAGCUUUCAGUGAGCACAAUAAAUUUGGGAAUCUUCCUUAUGGUUUUCGAGCGAAUACAUGGGUUGUACCACCUUUUGUUGCUGAGCAGCCAUCAACAUUUCCUCCAUUGCCUGUUGAAGAUGAGAACUGGGGAGGACAUGGAGGUGGACAAGGAAGAGAUGGGAAGCAUGAUAAUAGGCAGUGGGCGAAAGAAUUUGCAAUUUUGGCAGCAAUGUCGUGUAAGACAGCAGAGGAAAGGCAAAUUCGAGAUAGAAAAGCCUUUCUACUUCACAGUUUAUUCGUUGACAUUUCAGUCUUUAAGGCUGUUGCAGCAAUAAAGAAUCUUGUGGAAAAUAAUCAGCACUCGCCAACUGGUUCUAGUUCCAUCGAAAAUGAACAGAAACUUGGAGAUCUACUGAUUACGGUGACAAAGGACAUGGCUGAUGCAAGUAUGAAAUUAGAUUGCAAGAAUGAUGGGAUUCGUGUUCUUGGGAUGUCACAAGAGGAACUUACUAAGCGAAAUUUACUCAAAGGGAUAACUGCAGAUGAAAGUGCAACUGUUCAUGAUACUUCUACUCUGGGUGUUGUGGUUGUUAAACACUGUGGCUAUACAGCUAUUGUGAAAGUGGUAGCUGAAACAAAUCAGAAUGAUAGUUUAGUUUCCCAGGACAUUGACAUUGAGGACCAGCCUGAGGGAGGUGCAAAUGCCUUGAACGUGAAUAGCUUAAGAAUGCUGUUGCACAAGACACCAACAUCCCAAGCAUCCAGACUGGUUCAAAGAUCAAAUACUACAGACCUCGAAGAUUUACGUACAUCUAGGUCAUUGGUAAGAAAGGUGUUAGGUGAAGGUUUGUUGAGGUUGCAAGCGGAGGACACCAAACAAGCAAAACCAAUUAGAUGGGAGCUGGGGGCCUGUUGGGUGCAACAUUUACAAAAUCAAAGUGCAGGUAAAACUGACUCUAAAAAAGGUGAAGAUAAAGUUGAGCAAGCUGUAAAGGGUCUUGGAAAAAGUGGUGGACUGCUCAAGGAUAUUAAGAAAAAACUAGAUGACCGAAACUCAAAUUCUGAGCAAAGAAAAGAAGCUGCAAAUGAUGGUUUUGAUGUGGGAAAGAAAGAGCUUGAAGAGUUAGAUGAGGCAAAAGAAACGAUGUGGAAACAACUGCUUUCUGAAGCAUCAUACUUGCGCCUUAAAGAUUCAGAGACUGGUCUUCAUCUAAAGUCACCCAGCGAGUUGAUUGAGAUGGCACACAAGUACUAUGCUGAUAGUGCACUUCCAAAACUGGUGGCUGAUUUUGGCUCCCUUGAACUUUCACCAGUCGACGGAAGGACGCUGACUGAUUUCAUGCAUACAAGGGGUUUGCAAAUCUGCUCCUUAGGACGUGUGGUUGAGCUUGCAGACAAACUUCCUCAUGUACAGUCACUCUGUAUACAUGAGAUGGUUGUUCGAGCUUACAAACAUGUAUUGGAUGCAGUUGUAGCAGCAGUAGAUAAUAUUGGUGACUUGGCCUUGUCAAUUGCAUCAUGUUUAAAUGUACUGCUAGGAACAGCACCUGAAGGAAAUGCUGAUUCAGAAAUUACUAAUGAUGAUAACUUGAAAUGGAAGUGGGUGGAAACUUUUCUUUUUAAAAGAUUUGGGUGGAAAUGGAAGGACGAAAACAGCCAUGACCUCAGAAAGUUUGCCAUUCUUCGUGGGCUUUGCCAUAAGGUUGGACUGGAGCUUGUUCCCAGGGACUAUGACAUGGAUACAUCUUGCCCUUUUAAGAAGACAGACAUUAUAAGCAUGAUACCUGUAUACAAGCAUGUUGCGUGUUCAUCAGCUGAUGGGCGUACUUUGUUAGAAUCAUCAAAAACAUCCUUGGAUAAAGGUAAACUGGAGGAUGCUGUUAAUUAUGGAACUAAGGCACUCUCCAGAUUUGUAUCAGUUUGUGGACCUUACCAUAGAAUGACAGCUGGAGCAUAUAGUCUUCUUGCCGUGGUUCUCUACCAUACUGGAGAUUUUAAUCAGGCUACAAUUUACCAGCAAAAAGCUUUGGAUAUAAAUGAGAGGGAGCUUGGACUUGAUCACCCAGAUACAAUGAAAAGUUAUGGAGACUUGGCUGUUUUUUACUAUCGGCUCCAGCAUACAGAGUUGGCCUUAAAGUAUGUCAAUCGCGCAUUGUAUCUCUUGCAUCUAACUUGUGGACCAUCUCAUCCAAAUACGGCUGCGACUUACAUUAAUGUUGCAAUGAUGGAAGAAGGUUUGGGCAAUGUCCAUGUUGCUCUGAGGUACCUCCAUGAGGCUCUUAAAUGCAAUCAAAGACUUCUUGGAGCUGAUCAUAUCCAGACUGCAGCCAGCUAUCAUGCUAUAGCAAUUGCUCUCUCUUUGAUGGAAGCAUAUUCACUGAGUGUUCAGCAUGAACAAACCACUCUUCAAAUACUGCAGGCAAAACUUGGGCCAGAUGAUCUUCGUACACAGAUGUUUCUUCAGGAUGCGGCUGCGUGGCUUGAAUAUUUUGAGUCAAAGGCCCUGGAGCAGCAAGAAGCAGCUCGCAAUGGUACCCCAAAACCAGAUGCCUCUAUUUCUAGCAAAGGACAUUUAAGUGUGUCAGAUUUGCUGGAUUACAUAACGCCGGAUGAAGUAAGGGAUGCCCAAAAGAAACAAGCUCGUGCAAAGGUUAAAGGCAAAAUAGGACAAUAUGGGGAGGCUGUUGAAGAUAAAUAUAACAAGGAUGAAUUGCUAUCACCAGCUCAUUCUGUGGUGGAGAAUUCGAGUGAUAAAGAGAACAAAUCUGAGCUUCUAUUUAUGGAAACUAUUGACAAGAACCAUGAUUUAUUUCCAGCAGAGCAAACAAUAUUAAAUGAACCUGAUGAUCUUGUGCAGGAUAAUAGAUCUGAAGAAGGAUGGCAAGAAGCUUUACCUAAGGGUCGCUCAUCGAUGGGCCGAAAGCCUCCUGGCUUAAGGAGGCCCAACCUCGCAAAACUGCACACCAACUUAACGAACACUUCUCAGGUAUCCAAAUUCCAUGGUAAAAGCACCACUUUCUCAUCUCCAAGGACAUCAUCUAAUGAGUCUGCUGCUGCUUCCACACUUACUCCUGCUCCAAAGAAGUUCGGGAAGAGUUCUAGCUUCAGUCCAAAGUCAAUUAAUCCUGCAAUUUCAAUUGGUGGUGUAGAAAAAUCAGCUAACCCAAAAUCAGCCCCUGUGAGCCCUGCUUCUACUGAUCUGGUGAGUAAGGCUGAUGAAACCAUAAGUUCGGUCAGUAUUCAGACAGCUGGAAAACAUUUUUCCUACAAAGAAGUUGCUUUAGCUCCACCUGGUACAAUAGUGAAGGCAGUGACUGAAAAGUCUCCAAAUGAAAGUUCUGUAGAAGCAAGUCUUCCCAUAAGGAAGGAGACAGGUGUGGCAUCUAAAAGUGAAGUAAUAGAAAGGAAUAAUGGGGAGGAAAUACAAGUGAACAGUCCCAUCGAAGAGAAAUCAACAGUGGAUCUUGAUGGGCAAAUGGAUGAAGAUUCCAACAGAAAAGAACAAAUAGAAGAGAUAGCUACUACCUUAGUAAAAUCUUUAGAAGGAGAUGAAACUGAAGAUUCUAAAGGAAAAGGAUCUGAAGUCACUGAGGGUAAACAAGAAAGGAGUAUUGUUGAAAGCAAGGAAGGAGAAGCCGGGCAAGGUUCUGUUUUGGAAGGUGAGAAUUCUAGUUCUUCUGAAAAGUCAGAACUUGGCACUUCCAAAGUGGAAGUGUCUGAAAGACCGGGUGGCAAAUGUAAGGAAGCGUCGUCUGAGAAUGAAUCUAUUUCUACUUCAGCAGAAAAUACCACCCCGCUGUCACAAAAACAUGAAUUUAACCCAAAAGACGAAGUAGAAGCUAUACAGGAGAAGCUUUCUGCUGAAAAUGAAGCAAACGAAGAUAAAGAAAUUGCAAGUUCUUUAUCCAAUGGAGGAGUAAAACAAGGGGAUUCUGAGACUGGAAAAGGAACAAGCAAGAAGCUUUCUGCAGCUGCUUCUCCAUUUAAUCCAUCAUCAGUUCCAGUUUUUGGCUCAGUUCCAGCGCAAAGCUUUAAAGAGCUUGGAGGAUUAUUGCCCCCUCCUGUAAAUAUUCUACCACUGCUUCCAGUUAGUCCAGCUCAUAGAUCACCACAUCAGUCAGCAACUGCAAGAGUUCCAUAUGGUCCCCGACUCUCAGGUGGCUAUACUGGAUCAAGAAAUCGGGUACCACGUAAUAAAACUGUUUACCACAGUGAUGAACAUAAUGGGGAUGCAAGUCAUUUCAGCCUGCCACGAGUAAUGAACCCACAUGCAUCUGAGUUUGUCCCUGGCCAGCCAUGGGUUCCAAAUGGUUAUCCAAUUGCUCCAAAUGGUUAUAUAGUUUAUUCAAAUUGUACUGCUGUAUCACCAAAUGCUUAUCCUAUACCCCAAAAUGGUGUACUAGUUUCACCAAAUGGCUCUUCAGCACCCUCCCAUGUUUUUCCUGUGACUCAAAAUGGGUUACCAGUACCAGUAGAAUCUGUAGAAACUCGUUCAGUUGCAGAACAUGUUGAAGGUCAGAAUGAAGUAGGAUCAGAUGGAUGUAAAGAGGAGUCCUCCAUGAACUUGACAGGUGAAAGCUCAAUAGUCGAGAAAGUUGAAGAGAAUCAAUCUGAUGAUGGUGAAAAACCAUGUGAUGAUGAGUCUGGAGUUGCCGAAAAGUCAUGUACAGAUCCUGAAAAAAAGACCACAGAUACGGCAACCCAAAUUCCUGAGAUUGUUGCUGCAAAAGAAAGCUGUGGUAGCAUUCUGGUGGAGAAGACUAAAACUAAAUGUUGGGGAGAUUAUAGUGAUGGUGAAACUGAGAUUGUUGAGAUCAAAAGUUGAGAAAGUCUAAGUUCUGAUGGGCUAUAACUUUUUGAUAGAACUGAACGGUCAUAGUGCCAAGUUGUUGGACAUGCAACAAUGCCAAGAGCAAUAAGUGAGACUUGGUAUAUGUGAAAGUCCAGGAGUUCUGUAGCUAAGAUUCUAUCUUGUGGGAAGGACCAAUAUAGCUGAUGAGGUACCAAAUAUGAGUUUGACUGAAUGACGACUUUGAAAUUGGUAUGUUGUACAAAAAGCAUUUAUUUGACCUUGAAAUCAAUAAGUCACAAUGAGAAUAAACCUAGCGAGCAAUGGAUCUUGAUGGAGGACCGGGUUUUUGGGUCUACCUUGAUCUGUUCUUUUCUGGAAUUCAAAUUUUGUCGGUUCUUCAUUAAUCAAGACCUUGUAGGAGUUUUGGAUCUUCAGGUACUCAGCAAAUGAUGAUGGGAGAGUGAGAGUCGAAACGGAGAUGCAUCACUUCUAUCUCUCAUUCAAAACUGCGCAUGAGACUUUCAUCUAACAUGGAGCCUAAGUGAUCUUCCUUUUUUUUUUUUUUUUGAUUACCUUCCUCGCAUAUGUACAACACGUAGACCUGCCAGGGUGUCAUAAUUUCUCCAUUCCAGUUUUACUUUGUUGUGAUUUGAGGAAUUUUAGCUUUGGUGCCAAUUAUUUGAUAAUUAGGCUUAUCUUUAGUCUAGCCUAAGAGAGUAGCAGUCACAGACUUGGAUGGAUCCACAUAUUAGGCUGCCAAGUUUAGAUUUUUGCAGUUUAUUCUUUUAUGUGCACCAUUCCCUUUUCUGAACAAGGAUGAGCUCUGUUAUUUGUUAGUAAACAAAUAUGCAGAAUUUUGUUCAAUGUGUGCAUAAUAUGCUUUGUGAGAGUGCAUGUAUUAUUUUCAUCUUGCUAUACAUGUAAUUUUCAAUUGAUUUAGGUGAAGAAUGUCAUUUGAUUGAC